GGGUGGGGCGGCGGUUUUCUGGCGGGCGGCGGCCGCCCGACCGCACUCCGCGGUCGCUGCGCGCCGGGAGGCGGCGGGCGAUGCCGUGCGGGCAGCAGGAGAGCGGCGCCGCCCCCGCGCGGUACGUGGUUGGGGUGGACGUGGGCAGCACGGUGGUGAAGUGCCACGUCUAUGACCGGGCGGCCGCGGUCAGAGGCUCCAGCUGCAGGAAGGUGGAAUCACUUUAUCCUCGUCCUGGCUGGGUUGAAUUAGAUCCUGAAGUGCUAUGGAGUCAGUUUGUUGGUGUAAUAAAAGAGGCUGUACAAGCUGCAGGACUUCACAUGAGGCAAAUUGCUGGUCUUGGCAUCUCAACACAGAGAGCAACUUUCAUUACGUGGCACAAGAGGACAGGAAAACCUUUUCAUAAUUUCAUAAGUUGGCAAGACUUAAGAAGUGCUGAACUUGUGAAUUCCUGGAAUAAGUCCCUUCUGCUGAAGGUAAUCCAUGUUAUUUUUACAGUACUUCAUUUCUUGACUGGGAAUGAUCGAUAUUUGGCACCAAGUUUUCUUACUUUUUCAACACAACAAACUUCUAUGAAGUUGUCAUGGGUCUUUAAAAACAUAUAUGAGGCUGAAGAAGCUGCCAAAAAAAAUAACUGCUGCUUUGGAACAGUUGACACUUGGUUACUGUAUAGACUGACUAAAGGUUCUGUGUAUGCUACAGAUUACUCAAAUGCCAGUGCUACAGGCGUUUUUGAACCCUUUACGAAAUGUUGGAACCCCACUUUGUGUUAUUUACUUUCCAUUCCAAUGUCUGUUUAUCCUCCAGUGAAAGACACAAGCUUCAACUUCGGAUCAGCUGACUCUGAAAUAUUUGGGGUAUCUAUUCCAAUAAUGGCAGUGGUAGCUGACCAGCAGUCGGCCAUGUUUGGAGAAUGCUGCUUUCACCCAGGAGAUGUUAAACUGACAAUGGGAACAGGUGGUUUCUGGAAUGUGAAUACUGGAGAGCAUCUCUUUGCAUCACGGGGAAGUCUGUAUCCACUGAUUGGUUGGAAGAUUGGGGAAGAAGUUGUUUACUUAACUGAAGGCUGUAUGUCAGACAUUGGCACUGCCAUAAAAUGGGCUCAGGAUAUAAAUCUUUUCACUAAUGUUGAUGAAACAGAAAAAAUGGCACGGAGUAUUGUUGAUUCUCAAGGCGUUUGUUUUGUUCCAGGUUUUCAGGUUUCUGUGAAUGACCCAUGUUUAUGUGCCUCUUUCAUGGGUCUGAAACCUUCCACUACCAGAAACCAUCUUGUGCGAGCUAUAUUGGAAUCUGUAGCUUUCAGAAACAAACAGCUUUAUGAUAUCAUUGUGAAGAAGGUACGCAUUCCUCUUCAAAGUAUUCGAGCUGAUGGAGGUGUCAGUAAUAAUAGUUUUGUUAUGCAGAUGACUUCAGAUUUAAUUAAUAAGCAAAUAGAAAAACCUGCAAAUGCAGACAUGUCUAGUCUUGGUGCAGCUUUUCUAGCAGGCCUUGCUUCAGGAUUUUGGACUGACAAAGAACAACUAAAGAAGCUAAGGCAAAUAGAAGCAGUUUUUGAGCCCCAGAAGGACUUGGAGGAAUACAAACCUGCUAUGGAUGUCUGGCUACAAGCAAUGAAACGUUCCCUGCACUGAAUAAUAUCAAAUUCAAGCUGUGAGUGAUUGUGUUCCACAGACACUGGAGACAAGAAAUGUUUCUAGAUUUAACGUUAUUGAAGAGGACAGAAGAACUAGCAUUCACUUUUUCUUGUGUUGAAACAUGGAAGGUCAAAUCAUACUCCAUUCCCUCAGUUUCUUUCACAGUCAUCUACUAUGAGUUGGAGCAUCUACUUCAGCUGUGAUGUUCUUCAAACUAGACCUCAUUUGCCUGUCACCCUUAGCGUAUCGUUUUUUCCUGUUCUUCUGUUGCUUUCUGUCCUUCAACCUGUGCUACAUCUUAGCACACUUGGGUUUUUUUUUCUCUGGGUAUUCUUCAAGUUGCAGAGAUCAUUCUCUCCUGAACCUACUUUAAUGGGAAUCCUGAAGUCCAGAAACAGGUCUGUUUGCUGAUUUCUAGUAAUAUGGCACACUAAGAUCUAUAUGGUUGAUCGCUCUACAGAUACUUGAUUUUUUUUUUCUUUUUGGACCAUAAAAUACAGCUGUCCAUGUGCCAAGAUUCUCAAGUCUUGAUGAGGUUCCCUCCACCCCUCCUCCUGCUGUAAGGUAAGAACCCGUACAGAAUAUGUGGAACACUUGCUUUGCUUCAACACCUGUGUUCAGCUUGUGAUUUUUCUCUAUCAUCUCAACCAUGCUGCUAAAGAAAAUGCUCAUUGGCAAGAAGGUUCUACUAGGCCAAACAGGCUUUCGGUCUGGCGCUUUGAGCAGAAGUUUGUGGCCUCAGUCACUGGUAUUCUACGAUUUGUUCUCACUAACGGAGUUGAGUUUUAUCAAAGUCUGCCUAGGGAUGAUGUCCAGCUGUUACCUUCUUGAUGAAGGCUCCUUGACUUAUGUUCACUUAAUAGUUUUGUGGUUUUGCUGGGCUUGAUUAGGGCUCCCAGAUGGAGCUCUAAUGGCAGCUGAAUCUGAUUCUCUUCAAAUAACUUUGAAGGUAACUCAGCUAGCCACGUGCCUUAUAUUGCACCUUUACGCAGUGGUGGUUUUCAUCCUGGCCAUAGCACAACUAGAAAGAGAAGAUACCCAAGACAUUACAUAGUCCUCUCCUAGAGGACCUGUUCUGGAUAACUAUUUACCACUGUCAUUGUUUAAUUUGAAGCAGGAAAUUUAACCUGUUUUUCUUUCACUAGCCUUAAAUCUACAGGAGAGAAACUUCACUGCAAAUUAAGGAUGCAAAAAGGCCUUACUAUAUUCACUACCUGAGCCUUUCAAAUGAUCUGCAAAGUGAUCCUCUUGUGGAGAGGUUCAAAGUAGUGAGUAAACAAACAGGGUGUCUUUAAGCCUGCCAAGAUGGAGCAGCCUUUGGAGGCUAGGGUGUCUGCCACAGCUUGUGGUGCAUAGUUGCCUAAAGACUUGAACAGACUAAUAGAAAUCUUGAAGAAAUUUGGUUACUGAGCACUAAGCCUCUUUUGUUUAUCAAGAAAAAUUGAUUUUCUCUUCCCAGGAAUUUUUAAUGUGCUGAUAUCUUAAAGUGGUACCUGUUAAUGGAUCAUUUAUUUGAAAUGAGCUUUAAGCAAUUAAAUAGACUUUUACACGUGCUUUGCUGUGUCACUUUUUGCUAUGCAGAAGGGCAUUAAGACCACUGUAGAAUGCCUCUCAUACUAACUUUUAUGGAAAGUAUGACAGCUUUUACUUUUGCCCUUUUUACUUAUAUUUAGAUUUUUGUCCUGGGGUGGUUUUCAUCAGUUUGAAAAAUAUAUGCAAUUUUACAUUUGCUAUCAGCUGAGUUUAAUUUUUGUAUUGUUACCUUUACUAUCAUAAAUAUUAACUACUUUGUAAUUUUAUCAUUUUAAGAGCUAUGCCAUGUUGAGACUCUUAGGAUUGGGUAGUAAUGCACUCCAUCAGGCAUGUGAAGAUUGGAAAUUCAGCUGAGAGAUGUGUUAAUGAUCUCUGGGCAUCCUGCCUUCACAGAUACUCAUGGUGCUGGUGGUAGAUAAUUUCAUCCCAGUUUGGCAGUUUUAUCAUUCAUAAUGACAUACAGUCAUAUUAUAUAUGUGGGGACUACAUGGCAUGAGAAAUCCCUCUAAUGUUGGAGGGAUCUCACUACUACUGGAUUAAUUAUUGCAUGUCAAGUGAAAGGGUGGCUAAAAUAGUCUUCAGAUAGUUGAAAAUACUGAGCAGAUGUCAUAUGAGUUUUCUUACAUAACUAAGAAAAGAAUCAAGUCAGCUAUGUUUAAAAUCUCACUGUAAUGAACUUUGCCAAGAUUUUUGAGUACUGUUUUCUUUUAAGUAGUGUUUUUUUCUCUCCUGUAAUAGCUAAUUUUAUGUAAAAUUAAUUCAGUCACUCUCAUCUUUCCUGUCAGAAGAAAGUAAAAAAGGAAAACACUGAGUUGCUGUUUCAGCCUGCUGGCUUCUUUUUGGUAUAAUCUCUGUAGCCAGAUCCUUCAACUAGUCCCACUAUUUCCAGGAUCAGGGCACAGCACAGAGGCUCACCAGUUGAACAGCAGCCUUGUGGAAAACAUAACAACCAUUUCUCACCAGUCAGUGGGGCAUGGAAUAGAGAGGGUUUGUGCUCUUACUAGUCCAAGCCGAAAAAUACAGACGUCGUCGUGAUGCACUCUUCAGACAGGUACGUCAGUACUGCAGGUUGAGUCGGGGAAUAUGGUUGUGCUCUGACCCAGAAGUUGGGCACCAUUUUAGUUUAAGGUUUCAUAGGGAGUGGGGGCAAGUUCAGCAGGAGAAAAAGAGUUGGAGGGCUGGUUCUGGGUUCAUGUUUAUGGAGGUUAUCACAGCUAGGGGUGUGGGCUGGCAAGAAAGCAAUGAAGCUAGCAAAUGUUGAAAAGUAAUGUGUUGUGGAAGGGGAAGGUGGGGGAUCUGAAAGGGAUCUGACCAGCCAGAGGGAGUGAGAUGUGAUUCUAAGGCUGGGAGACUACUGGCCGUUUCUGGAGGGAGACGUAAGAACUUCCUGCAGUGCAGGUUUUGCUAUGAGUAGCCACUAAACCCAUGCCUUAGCAUGUCUAAAAAAACAAUUCCAAAGUGUUUUUCAAAGCAGCCCUCAUUCUGGGAUAAAGUUUGGGAUUUAUGUAAGUUCUGAAAGACUAUGUAUUGGUUUAGAAUGUUACAGAAGUAGCAUUCUUACCCUCAUGCAGACUGAUCAUUGUUUCAGCAGCUUCAAGCUGAAUGAAUAAUGUAUAGUCAUCUCAUUCUGCAGUUUGCUGUUGAAAGCAAAUGCAAACUACAACAGCGACCUUUCUUCUGUUUCUCUCCUUAAUGGCUAAAAAGCCUGUUUUUCAUGCUCAUAAUCAGUUAUAGUAUCGGACUUCAGUUCAUUGGUUUUUCUUGCAGAAAAGUAAA